AUGUCCAGGUGCAGGAAGGACGGCGAUGGCGUCUCGUCGGGCUCGGACGAGGACCAAUCCAGCAAGGAGGCAGAUGGCCAGAGCGUGACGGUGUGCUUUUCAUGCUGCCCCUCAGCCAUAAUGGAGCAUGAGGACGAGCUGGAGACGGUCGCGCGGGAGGAGCAGCCCGCCGCGGCCGCCGACGGAGGGCGCGCGGCGCCGGAGCCGCUCGGCGGCGGCGGCGGCGGCGGCGGCGGCGGCGGUCCGCGCGCGCGCUCGGCGCGCGUCGGGGCCGCCCAGGCCGCGGUGGAGAAAGCGGAGCCGCCCCUGGCGCAGCAGGAGCUGCCCAGCUCGCUACCAGCUGGAUAUGAUGCACUGGGGGAGGUGGUGCUCCAGCCGGUCCCGGCGAGGGCGCCGGAGCGCGUGCCGGACCCGUAUGAAGGUGCUUUCAGCGGGGGUCUGCGCGGUGGCAGUGCUACGGUCGGGACACUUUCAGACAACAUGUUCAUGGUUGUCUGUUUAUUCUCCGAGGGUUGCGAGGUCGAGUGGCAGCUGUGCGUAUUGAGCGAGGAGGUCAGGUCGCAGCUUGCACCGAUAUCCGAGCAUAUCAACAGGCAUAACGGCGAGCUGGUGGCCAGGAUGAGCAACAGGAGACCAUCAGGCAGCUGGACCUCCGAGUACGUGCGAAUGAAGCUUCUGACGGUGUGGAUCGGCACGUGGCCCAGACCCGUUCUGGACAAGAUCCGCCGAGGACACUACGAGCAGAUCGAGCAGAACUUACCCAUCGCGGCUGACUCGACGGGCGAUUUCCACCGCGUAGCGCAGUCGUACGUCAUCAUCUUCCCGACCAUGGACAAGGCAAUGGAGUUCCGCCUCCAGCAGCGGCAAUUCUCGAAGCUGUACACGCCCAUGCGCGACCUCGUGGGCAAGAGCUCCAAGUGGUCUGAGGGAUGCAGGCUCGGCGUCAACGGCUUCAAGGGCACUCUCUUCGUCACGAAUGGUGACGACAUCUGGACUCUGAUCACGACCAACCAGAUCAGCAUUGACCAGUUCAACUUCGUUCCCGUGGGCGACGAACUCGCGGACUGGGGCAUCUCCGUCCAGCAGGUCGAGGAGAUCAUCGGCUGGAUUUUGAAGCGUGCCCAGUUUCGUGUCAGCUUCGACUCGCUGGUGGAGGCCAAUGAGAGCAGCCUCGACCCGCCCGCGGCCGUGCUCGAGGCGAGACCUUCGAGUGUCAGUGGGCCGCUGUCCUUGAGCAACGCCGACAACGAAAUCGCCUCGGCUGCCGUCGCUUCGCCGCUGAACGCCGUUGCCGCCGACGUCGUCGACUGCUCCCAGAGAGGGCCCGUGGCGGGGCGCUCGCUUAUCGACGACCUCGUGGAAUCCGAUGCUCGCUGCCAGUUAUGGGGAAACUUGCGCGGGCUAAUGGGCAGCGGCGCCGUGCUGCUCGACUUUAAACAGGCGUUCCCGUCGGUCUUCUACGACCGGGUCGCGGCCGUGCUCGACAGGUUAGGCGUGCCAGUGUGCGUCCGCUUCGCGAUUCGCGCCCUGUGCGACCAGAUCUGGACGAUGGCGCCUUUUCUCGGGUUGCGGUUUCUGGGUCUCCAGGGGUGUGAAACAAGGGCGCCCCAUGAGCGGAGUGCUGUUCGGCUGUUCGCCGUCGUCCUCCACCGAAUCCUGAUCAGAGUGAGAAGGUGCCCGCAAUCGUGCGAGUUCAUCUUGCCGUGCUUCGCGGGCGACAUUGCGCUGGUGGCGAGAAACCUCGUGACUGCGUUGCCUAUCGUCGUGAAAAUGCUAGUGUUCGCCUGCCAGUGGGCGGGCCUGGCCCUGAAUCUCGACAAAUACCACAUAAUGGUGCUCCACAUUCCAGACAAAGAACCGCACUUCAUCUUUCUCAAAAACAAGAUCCCCGAGAUGCACAUACAGCAAUGCUACGAGCCGAUCAGGUAUGUGUGUGCCAAGGUUCGCAAGGGGCCUCAGAGGCUGACGAAUGCGCUCAGGUGCGCCUUUGCCGCCUUUGCCCCGCUCGCCUUGCACCGCGUGGAAGAGAUUGCACGGCAGCGCGCUGCGCCGCAGAGCCGCAGCGGGAUGGCCCGCGCCGCAGUUUGCGCGGCGAGAUGCGCCCCGCUGGCGGCCGCCGGCGCGGUCGCCCGCGCGAGGGCGGCCGGGCACCUCGCAGAGCGGGUCGCCAGCAGCUGCGCCGCGAUGCCCCGCAUGAGCGUCGCGUCGAGCUGCGCCCGCCAGCGGCGAAGGACGUUGCCCGGCAGCCGGCCCUUCCGGCGGCCGAAAGUUUCGCGCGAGGCAUGCCAGACCACCCGGCCGCCAGCAGGCGGGUAG